GUCAGAUUGAGUUUUUAUGAGUUUAGAGUAUACCUAUAUCGUCGUGUGACACGAGAACCGCAGUUAGAGCUGAAGUUCGGUCGGUUAUAUCUUCGGACGGAGAACAGUGUUGGAAGCUUGGCUGAGUGCACGAGGAAGAUUGCUGCCUGGAGUCGUGAGUUCAUUCAUAACACUGCCGGGUGUCGUCGUUGCUUUAACCGAACAUAUUUUCAAGAGCCUACUGUUUUUUUAGUUUUUUUUCUGAAGUGACGUGAACCGUGCGGAGCGAGAGUUUUCUGCCUGCAAUCCGUUUAAGUGCACUCGUUAGUGAACAAGAUCGCGUGUGCAGACUGCAAGAGUAGUUUUUGGAGUGAAUCGUUUUAGUUUUGUCUAUAAAGGGGCUGAAAAUCGUUCCAGAACAGUGUGUAUUUUUGAGAGACAUUUUUUUUGUGAUCCAGAUCAUUCCGUGUACGCGAGCCGUGUGAGAGCUGAACUGAGUCAUUUUGUCUUAGGAAGAUUUUUUGGGGCCCACACUGAAACUUUUCUCGUGAUUUUUAUUUAUUUUUUUUUGCUCAUUACCCUGCCAUCCUGACGACAUCUCGCUGUUCUGUCUCAACUGUUCAUUGAAUCAUCACAGGUCAUCAUCACAAGCCUUCACGAAUCUCCUAAAAGUCUUCAAAGUCAUUGCUUCGAAGCCGUCGUUGCCACAGACUGGUACAACAUUUCAGUACACACACGUACACAUGAACAUAUGAACAUUUUACUGAAUCAGAAUGGACUGAACUGAAUGUUUGAACAAACUGAUUGUUUCAAUUGUAAGUUUGAACUGUGAUUGCUGAGUUGAUUGAAAGCUGAAUCAUAAGAUUGAUUCAAAAGAGUCGUUUAGUGAUUUCAAGGUUAACUAUGCAUGUGAAAUGGGUCAUUUGAAGUGAAUCAUUUGAUUGAAUGAGUUAUUUGAAUUGAAUCACAAAAGUUAUUCGUACUCAGGGUUGUGAAUAAGUUUUUCUGUGUUUAAUGAGAAUAUCCUUAUCCAGAUAAUAAGGUUGGGUAAACACUUUGAAGGUGUUUAAAGGUGUUGUUCUGAAUAUAUUAGUCAGUUGAAGAUCAUUCAAGAAAACAAGAACACUAGAACUGUUAUUUUAUUUAUUUUAUUUUGAUUGUCAUUUUAUUUGUUUGAGCUGUCUCUUUCAGCAAAUACGUAACCUAUUGAGGGAAGGAAAAUAAAUUAUUAGUUGUUCAAACUAAAAUAUUUGACAGUUAUUUCUGAACUUAUCUUGGGGUAGGGGCGUCUCGCUUGCACUAUUAGGAUUAGGUGGGUGGGGACGUGAAUUCAAUUUACUUCCAUUUCACUUCGUGCACUUCAGGAAGCCACCGCUCUGACAUACUGACCUGAAGCCUACACCACGUAUUCCUGUUGCAUUUUGUAGUAGUGUAAGAUAAAACAUACACUUUAGUGCAUACUGAGACUUAAAAGAACUGGAGCGGGGACUAAGUUCCUUUCGCUUCUAAAUCUCCCAGGGUAACUAUUUAAAUAUUCCCCUACUAGGCGAGACUUAAAGUCCCGUUACAUUUGGCGUCACGAACAGGAUAGAAUUAGACUGUAUUUACCUUUUUUUGUGUGUGUCACUAGUCCCAGGCCUACAAGCUGAAGAAUGGCAGAGUUUGAGGAACUGAAAAAGGAGAUGGCGGAGAUGCAGAGGCGGUUUGCCGAGCAGGCGGGAGCGCUCGACCAAGCCAGAACUGAACAAAGAGAGGCCCUGUCACUAGCGAGAGCUGUCAUCGAGCAUCAAGCCACCGCUCAAGCACCCCCAGCUGCCAUUUAUAUUCCCAGGGACCGGAAACUUCCCGAGUUCAGUGGCCGUUCGACCAAAACCGGGGAAUUAAGUGUGGAGGAAUGGGUUGCAUCAAUGAAAUCUGCCUUCCAAGUGAUGAGAGUACCCGCAGAAGAUCGUGUAGAGUUGGCGAAACAGCAUCUCAAAGAUGAAGCCAAAGCGACUGUGAGGUUCAUGUUGGGUGAUGGUGAAAAAUCUACUGACGAUAUCUUUAAAGUACUGCUAGACACCUAUGGAGACAAAGUGCCAAUUGGGACCAGACUGAAAGAUUUUUACGAACGAAAGCAAAUGCCAGGUGAGACGAUACGCUCAUACGCAUACGACCUACAAGAGAGACUCAGCCGAGUUCAGCGCAGAGAGCCAAACAGAGUUCCAGAGGCCGAAAGUGUGUUAAAGGAACAACUUGUCCUGGGCCUUCGAGAUGAUUUUCUGAGGCGUGAAAUGAAAAGGCGAGUUAAGGAGGAUGAAAGGUUGACUUUUGUUCAGGUGAUGCAAGCCGCAAUCACUUGGGCUGAAGAAGAAGAGACUCAAACACCGGACAUUCCUAAACCCAGCCCCCGUGUCAGAGCAGUAAGUGCUGAUGCAGAACAAGCUUCCUCUACGUUAACACUGGAGAAACUGCAUGAAGCUAUACAAAAGAUCGCCGCCCGUCAAGAUGAACUUUACCAAGCAGUGCAUGGUAAUAGCAGGCUACAAUUUCAACAGAGCCGUCCAAAAAGACAACCCCUGAAGGACAGUGAUGGCAGAUACAUCUGUUAUUCAUGUGGUGAACCGGGGCACACUAGCAGGCGAUGUCCACAAGGUACUGAUGCAGCUACAGUGACUGAUCGGGCCCGACAUUCUACGGGGGUGCCUGGAACUAACACUGGAAACAUUCCAACAAGUACAGCACAAACCAGCCCUGGCCCAUCAAUGAUAAGAAGUCAUACAGCUGAAUGGACUGACGAAGUGACGGAGACGUUGAAAAGUGGCGCAUUUGGAGAUUGCCUGACUGUUGAAGUUAGAAUAGCUGGUGUCAAGACAAGCUGCUUACUGGAUACAGGCUCAGAAGUGUCCACUAUUACAGAGUCACACUUUAGGAAACACUUCGGAGAACAAGAGCUGAGGUUGACAUCUGCUCACUGGGUUAGACUCACCGCAGCGAAUGGACUCGACAUACCUGUGCUAGGAUGUUUGCAAGCUGAUGUGGAGUGCAUGGGGAAGGUUCUCCCUGGGAAGUGUAUCUUUGUGCUGACAGACACGAGCCCACAAGCAGAGGAGAUAAAGGGGCUCUCAGGAAUCAUUGGAAUGAACAUAAUCAGGGAGUUCAAGUCAGUGUUCGUCACAGGAGAGAAGGUGAAGUCAGCCAAUAAAUAUGGACAACCCGCAGAAGCAAAGAUACGAAGGGUGUUAGCCAGUGUCGAGAAAACUGAAACCCUGGGUCCUGAUGGCAAGAUUGGGUUCGUCAAAGUUGGUGGAAAACAGGCUAUCACCAUCCCUCCUCUGAGUGAAAAGGUGUUCGAAGGUCGUUGCAGAGUGCCACCUAAAGUGAAGUGCCAAGUAUUAAUUGAGCCCACCACUAGUGUGAGUCUACCCAAGGGGCUCCUAGUGGCCAAUGUGCUAACAAAAACUGAGGGUGGUAAAGUUUCUGUACGUGUGAUGAAUUCAAGCGAGCGGACAAUCAGACUUAACCCAAGAUGCAGAGUGGCAGUAGUGUCUAAACCACAGGAGGUGUUAACUGAGAAUACGCUGGAGUUUGAGGAGGAGGAAGGGACGCUUCAUGUUAAACGAGUGACGCAUGUUCAAGCAGUUGAAAUCUCUGACAUCCCUCCAGUACCAGUUCAGGUGAAUUAUGAAAAGCUCACCCCUGCACAAAGAGAGGAACUUAACCAGUUGUUGGCAAAGUACAGAGACAUAUUCUCCAAAAAUGACAGUGACUAUGGUUACACACAGUCCGUAACGCAUGACAUUCACACUGGUGCUGCUCUGCCAGUGAAACAGCGACACCGUAGAGUACCGCCACAUGUCUUUCAAGAAUUCAAGAAACACGUGCAGGAUCUAGUGUCACAAGGCAUCCUUAAGGAGAGUGCGAGUCCCUGGGCAUCCCCAGCAGUGAUAGUUGUGAAGAAAGACGGCAGUGUGCGCUUCUGUUGUGAUUAUAGAAGGCUUAAUCAAGUCACAUGCAAAGACGCAUAUCCACUUCCCAGAGUGGAAGAAUCUCUGGACGCACUGGGGAAUGCUCAGCUGUUCUCCACUUUAGAUCUUACAGCCGGCUAUUUCCAGGUAGCUGUAAAUGAGCGUGAUCGUGAAAAGACAGCAGUCACUACCCCGUUUGGACUGUUCGAGUGGACGCGGAUGCCAUUCGGGCUGUGCAACGCACCGGCCACCUUCCAGCGCCUUAUGGGAGUAGUGCUCGGGGACUUGUCUUUUGAUGUACUCUUGAUAUAUCUUGAUGAUAUAAUCGUUUUUCCAAGGACUUCCAGGGUCACUGUGAGAGACUAG